GAAGAGCUCACAAUGGCAUCUGUUUGUCUAAGUCCUGGUGUCGUGUGGAUGAACAGCAGCCGGUUAGGAUGAGAGGCGGUUGGUGGAUGCCUGUGUGGGGAGGAGGAAACAAGUGUGGCGCCUGUGGGAGGACCGUGUACCACGCGGAAGAGGUGCAGUGUGAUGGGCGAAGCUUCCACCGCUGCUGCUUUCUGUGCAUGGUUUGCAGGAAAAAUCUAGAUAGUACCACCGUGGCAAUUCAUGAUGAAGAGAUCUACUGCAAAUCCUGCUAUGGGAAGAAGUAUGGGCCAAAAGGCUAUGGCUACGGGCAGGGGGCUGGCACUCUCAACAUGGAUCAUGGCGAGAGGCUGGGCAUCAAGCCAGAGAGUGUUCAGCCUCACAGUCCUACAACAAAUCCAAACCCCUCUAAAUUCGCUCAGAAAUACGGAGGUGCUGAGAAGUGUUCCAGAUGUGGGGAUUCUGUGUAUGCUGCUGAGAAGAUCAUCGGGGCCGGGAAGCCCUGGCAUAAAAACUGUUUCCGAUGUGCCAAGUGUGGUAAGAGUCUUGACUCCACAACUUUGACUGAGAAGGAUGGUGAAAUUUACUGCAAAGGAUGCUAUGCAAAGAACUUUGGGCCCAAAGGAUUUGGCUACGGCCAAGGAGCAGGGGCCCUCGUUCAUGCGCAGUAAAGGUGUAAACCCCAGUACCGGGCAUCACACACUGAGACUAUAAUGUAGGCACAGAUAAUCUCUCAAACUCUCUUAACACUAAACUACUGUGAAAUGCCGCCAGCAUUGAAGUACUGUAUGAUACUCUACUUAGACAGACUGGCUAACUUGUAAGAAGAUAGCAUUGCAUCCUUUUUGCUUUUGAAGAACUAUUUCCAGUUUGUCUUUUUCAGAGAGGCUGAGAGGUUUAAUUUUUUACAAACCACAGCUGGUGCAUACUAGGCCUGCCCUUCUUUGGCCACCAAGUCUCUGCUGACAACAACUUCUCACAGAUCACUUCAGGAUGAGGUCCUCAGAGAACCCUUCCCCACGGGGAGAGUAUCUCAUCCUAGGUGCCCACAAAACUGCCUGUAGAGAAUUCUGCAAUUGUUAUUACCCUGUGCCCUCAUUUCUAUGCAUGGUGGCCCAAAGAGACUGCAUUUCCCUGGCCAAAGCCACUGAUGUCCAGCAGUGCGCAGGUGCUCCUGGAAUCAGGUGGUAGCUUGGGCUACACAGUCUCUGUUGGGGCCUCUUCAAGGUUCCCAGUCCUCAUGGCAUCUUUUACAGUUUAAAUAAAACUGAGCUUUGUUAAGGUG